AUGGCCCAGCUCCGGGAAAACAUCGACGGCAUCGUGGCAGCUUUCUACACGUGCACCAGAAGCGACGGUGACUGCAGCCCCCUGAGCAGGGAGGAGCUGAGGCAGCUCAUCGAGCAGGAGAUCGCGGAUGCAAUGGAGGACCCCCAGGACCCCAAAACUGUCAAGAAGGUGCUGUGCUUGCUGGAUGACGACAGCUACUGCAGGGUUGACUUCAGCGAGCUGCUCAGCCUCGUCUUUCGCGUGGCCAAGGCUUGUUACAAGCCUCUCCGGCAGCGCCAGGCACCAGAAGAUGGUCAAGAGCCAACAGGGCAAGAGAAGGCAGCUGGGGAGCCGCGGCUGGAGCCACGUACAGCAGGGAGGGUCUCCCGCAACCAGGAGGUCCCCGAGCAGGGUGUGAACAAUGAGGUCCAGGAUGCUGAGACGCAGGAUCCAGUCAACCAUCAAACCCAGGAGGGUGACACACAGGAGCAGGACCAGGACACCCAGGAGGAUGAGACACCAAAGGAAGACCCAGACACCCAUCAAACCCAGGAGGAUGAGACACCAGAGCAGGACGAGGAAACCCAUCAAACCCAGGAGGGUGACACACAGGAUGAGGACCCAGACACCCGUCAAAGCCAGGAGGUUGAGACACCAGAACAGGAUGAGGACACCCACCAGGAUGACAGGAUUGAAGCACCAGAAGGGGAUCCAAAGAGAGAUCUUGUCUUGGGCCAUGCCAGCAUCGCAUUAGACAUCCUCUAA